AUGCUCGUGGCUCUGGGAUUUGGCCGUCACCGCGGUUCAGAUCUGUCGGUCUUGGUCUUUGGAGGCACGGCGAGGUUGGGAAAGCUGGAGGCUCGAGCGGUCGCUUUCUUUUACGCCCCUCUCUCCUCCUUCUCGGCUAGGGCGAGCGCUUCUCGCAGUCUUGUGCUCUGUGACGGCGCGUGCGGUCCCAACCAGUCUCAGAGGUUCGAUCUAGGGCGUGUCUCUGACCUUUCUCUUGGGGAAGGUGCUGGUUUGGUCUGUCUCCUUGGAUUCUGGUGCGGUGGAGUGGCACUUUCGGCGAGUUCUCCAUCCUGA